AUGUCUGAGUCGCGUCCUCGGCGUCUGCUGCGGGUCUCGAAAGCAUGCGACUACUGCCAUCAUCGCAGGAUCAAGUGUCGCGCCAGCCAAAGCGAUCCUCAUCGCUGUCAGAACUGCGCCGACUUUGAUAUCGAGUGUGAAUCUUCGCGUCCGCUGAAGAGGGGUAAAGCAGCCGCUGCCAAUCGAGCUGGCUGCCUCGCGCACGCCGCGACGCCCUCGCCGGCCAACUCGACGACAGAGCCUGUAUUGCAGCCUGGCCGCUAUGGCACCCUGAAUGGCCACCCGAAUGGAGGAGCUGUGCGACCGCUCCCACUUCCACCCGUGUCCGCUUCAUUGCUGAACGGCACUGUGUCUCGCGACAGGAAGGACGCUUCGCUGAGUCCUGCCUGGAAAGCGUUCGCUCACGCAUCGUCGCCUCUCGUAAGAAAAUUGCUGGCCGUCUACUUUGAGACGGUGUAUCCCAUCUUUCCUCUCUUCGACCGCCCGAAUGUUGACCGCAGGCUCUCAGCCGACGAGCAAGUCCACAACCGCGGUUUCUUUUGCUCGAUCAUGGCCGCCUGCGCGCUCGCCUCGGCUCGGGUGCGUGACGGGGCCCUUGUCUCUCUCGGCAGUCACUCUCAGGAACUCCUCACCAUGCCGCCUGAGACGUUCCUCUCCGCAGCCCAGGACACUCUACCAGGCGAUUUGCUCCAUUCGCAGGACUUUGACUUUCUUCGCGCCUGUGCCUUGCUCGCAAUCGCAAGCAUUCAGGACGGCAAGAUCGAUGCCAUGCGCAUGUACAUCGGUCACUAUUUCACCAUGACGGCGACGUGGCAGUGGCAUGACGAGGCAACCUGGCCCCCUGGUCUGUCACCUGUGGAACUUGAGGAACGUCGACGCUUGUACUGGUCCAUCUACACCCUGGACAUCUUCACUUCUAUCGUGUGGGAUGGCUGCAUCCACUUCCAGGAGGCGCAUGCCCGAGUUGCUUACCCCAGCGGCGACCAGCCUGAACCUGGUGUGCCGCGCCAGAGUCAGCCGUGGAUACUUGGUUGGAACUUCACGACAGAUCUCUACCGUAUCCUUGAGCAUGCCAUCUGCAAGCUACGGACUCGGUCGUCACGCUUCAACCUCUUUGCUGCCGGGCGGGCCCCUGAUACAGCCGAGACAAUCAAGCAGAUCAACGACCAGAUCACCGUCAUGUACACUCACCUGCCAUCCAGCUUUAAGGACCUUCGCGCGGCUACAGGUCAACUGGAACACGACAUCUUUGGUUUCCAAGCCGCAAACAUCCAGGCCACGCUCGCCCUGCUUCGUAUGGCUCUUCUCUCCCUAGAGCAGAAUGUCGACCUCGACCAGAAGUGCUCCAUCGCCAGCGAUGUCUUGGGUAUCUUUCACCAGGUACCAAAAGCCUUCCAGAGAGCUAUCAGCACGCCACUCAUCUAUCAUAUCGGAGGCAUCGGCAACAUCUUAGGAUCCGUCAUGGAGGGCCCCAUGUCUGAGAGCUCGUACCAGCGCGUCCGUGAUCUGCUCCUGUCCAUGGCUGACCUCCUCGAGAGCCUCGAAUCGUUCCAUCACCAGCGCGCUGGGGCCGGACGCAGGCUUCGCGAACAAGUGGAACGCAUUGACGCGUACAUGGUCUCUCGACGUCAGAUGGUUGCGGGUCAGCCGAUACCUCAUGAGGUGCUACCUAUGGCAUCGGCAAGCACCGAGAACCCGCCGAUUGGCCCCAACGGGAUCUCCCCUCAAUUCCAGAUCCCCGACGAGCUUUUGCAAAAUUGGGACUGGUCGUUCAACAUGUACCAGAGCCAGUUCCCGUUCUUUGGGGACCCUGGUUAA